AUGCCUGGAAAUCGGGUGGUCAAGGAGGCAAAAGUGACCGUCCCCCUUCUCGUGCUGGUGGGUGGCAAGUGGAAAGAGGGUGCCGUGGCAGCCUUCACGCACCGAGAGGUCGAAGCUUCAAAAGCCAAUAUGAGUGCAGAUGAAGAACUGGCUCGCAGGCUGGAUCAGCAGCUCAACAGGGUUCCAGCUGCGGCCAGUGGGAAGCGCACAAGGAGGGUACCUGACUUUUACACACCUGAGGUCCCCGGAAGCAAUGGCCGGCGUCAGAGGAGACCGACGAGCCCCAUGAAAGAUGACUCGGAUGCUAGCAGCAGAGAUGACAGCUGGAAGCCUGACGAUGAGGACGACGAAGACGAUGCUGACUUCAAACCUGAGCAUAAUGUGGAGCGGAAAUGGGAGCCAGAGAUGUCACCUGUUGGAGAGGAUGACAGAAAGGCAAAUGUGGCCCAGCGUUCUGAAAGCAUAGGCAAGAGUCAGGACGAGGAGCGAACCCGGAGGGACAGGAAGUCAAAAGGGCUGAGGGAAUUACAAGCGCUUAUCAACGAUGCACACAAGGAAGGCAGUCGCCAGCAGCAAUCUGGGAGGGGUGGAGCUGGGCAGGAAAGCACCAGUGAAGGAGAGGAGAGCGAGUCGAGUCCAAGCCACAGCCACAGUUGUGGAGGGAUUUGCCAGAGUCAUGAUGGUGAUCUUGAGCGAGAAACAGCCGCCUCCAAAGAAAGGAUGCUGACUAAGCCUGGCCAAUCAGCAGAGCCUGUGCAAUCGACUGGGCUUGUCGAAGAGCAGCAACGACUAACAAGGGCCCUACGGAGGCAGUCCCAAAAUGGGGUCUCUACGGAUUGCCUGAGCAGCGGUGCCCAGCAAAAGAGCAGUGUUAGUGGUGGCCAGAGACAAGAUGCUCAGAAACAAGGUACGGCUUCGUAUCCCAGGAAACGCCAGCGGCUAGAUGAUGCUGCAGGUGGUGGCCAGGAGCCCACGCGCUCAAGAAACACCAGCACAAGCCAGGGAGGCGACACGAAGGCGAAUGGUGAAAAAUCAGCAAGGAAACCAGACAGGAAGAACACAGAAAAAUUUCCCAGGAUGCCAAUGGUGCUGCAUGGCAAGGAGUGGUAUCGCGCACGCAUCCUGAAGGAAGAUGAGGACAAGAUAUUUGUCGAGUUCACAGGGUUUGAAGAUGGAUCUUUUGUGAAGCCGUUCUGGCUCUCUAAGGAUUCAGACUUGGUCUGGAGAGGCUCGUACCGUGGCAAGGACUGGAAAUAUCUGGGCGAUGGAGCUUGGGAGCCCCGUACACAUGGUGGGAAAAAGAGGGCCACCAAGAGGGGCCGACCUUGUCCCCAAGGACGAAGAAGGGCUGGAGAAGAUGACACUGAUGAUGACUCUGACCCAAAACAGAAUGGAUACACAGAAGAGACGCCUCAGUGCAUGUUGUCAGUUUCCCACAGGCCACAACCCAAUGGCCGAGAAGAGGAUAUCAACGGCAGUGAGAAUGCCCCUGUGCUGAGCCAGACAUCUGACAAUGAGGACAAAUCCCAGUCCCGGGCAGUGGGUGGGGCUGUGCACUGCAACGCAAACAUCGACGGCCCCUCAUCCAGACACAUCGGCAGGGGGACAAGCUUGGGCAAUGGCUGUGUAGAAAGUACAGCAGAGGGUGUGGAAGGCUCCCAUCAGCAAGAAACUGAAAAGGACUCGCGGAGGGAGAAGGAGAACCAUGCACUGGAGUGUGAGGAUGGGCAUCUGACUCAACAAGCAAAUAGUGUGCUGCAGCGUACCCGUUUUGGCCGUCGUGAUGGCGAUCGAAAUGUUGGCAAGGAAGCAGCUGAGGAGUUGGCGCUGGGAGCUGAGGAGCAAGAUGUGCCCGUUUCCGAUGUUGUAGUCUGCAGGGUGGUAGAGGCAGAGGACACAGACGUCUGCGGUUCAGCUCCAAGGCCUAACGAUGCAGCAGAUGGGGCUCCAGAUCGCAAACCACCUCCUGUAAAUUGCAGUAACAUGGCCCACACCACCACAACAGCGCCCGGAAACGACUGCAAUGGUGGCCAGAAACAAGGAGCUGCAAGGGGUGCUGGGGAGGAUAUGGGUGUUGGGACAGGAACUUGCAGGACAGCGCAGAUGCCCGAGUCUCUGCCACAGCAGGAGGGCCAGGAUGUGAGUGAUGGACGAGGCAGCAGGGAUGCAAAUGAAGAGGACAGCAAUGGGCCUGAGGAUGGGCCUCCAAAUGGGGAGAAGAAGUUCAGCUUGGAUUCUGGCGAUGAGGAAGCCCAGCAUUCAGGAAGGGAAGAGGAAGUUGACCUCCCAGAAUUGGGUAUUGAAGGCGUGUCCACCUCUGCCAAGGCUGGUGUUGAGAGGAGCUCCUCAAAAGGAGAGACACCUCAUGGUGACACUGGCGAUGGUGAGGAAGGUACAUGGGAGCAUGUGAGGAGGAGUGAGAGAGUGAAGCGACUUGGAUGGAAGGGUGCAUGGAAGCGCAGCUGCAAGACUGGGAAUAGAUCAGGAAAUGAAGACGAGGCAGUGCCAUCGUUGAGGGGGUCACAACCAGCUUCUCCUGGUGGGCAGCAGCAAGGCCGGCAGCAAAGGAUUAGGACAUCGAAGCGAAUAGCAGCUCAAGCUGCUGCUAACGAGGCUUCCAAAAAGACAGGCAGCGAAGCAAAAGCCUUGGUGAGGACCAAGUCUGGGGCUUUGAAACGAUCCCUGUCUGAAGUCGAACCGGUCAAGUCACCAAGGGAAGGGGUAGGUCCAGCAGACCCCCUUAGGCAGCGCUCAAAGAGCCAUCGACCCAAGAGUCACAGAGCAGCGCCCAGUUGUUCCACUCCAAACAGAGGGUACACCCCCAUGGUGGGCCGGAGCAUGACCCAUGCACUCGCCCUGACGAGCCAAGCCCUGCACUGGACAGCACACAAUGCCAUACAACGCCACAUCCGGAAACACCUGCCGUACUACACUGGCCACAUCAGUGACGAGAAGCUGGGCGCAUUUGUGGAGCUGAUGGAACACCUGGACGGUGCGAUGGGCAUGGGGCAGACAAACAGUGGCGCCCCUCGGUCCACACCCAGCCAUGGUCACCCUGACGCCCAGUUUGCACCGGGUGUGGAACGAGAUGGCGGGCAGCCUCGGGGAUUUAGUCCUGCUGCUGGAAAUGUUCAGGGGAGUGCAGGCUUCCGGCAGGGGGGCCAGGGCCCCAUUCCCCUGCCAUGGGGAACGAUGAGUCCGAUGAUUUACCCCGUUGUGCAGUUUCCGAUGUCUGUUCCUGGGAUGGAGCUGCUGCACAGGCCCACAGGGGGCGUGUCUACAUCGCAGCCUGGAGCCCAAGCCAGCCAGGCGCUUGCCAUGCCCAUGCCUCAACCUCCCGGCUCCAACGAGGUGCACACGUCAACAGCUCGAUAG